AUGCUUGUUCUGUCAAUCCCCGUAACCUUGGAAGCGAAAUUGCUGGGAAAGGAUAGCGACUGCCAGAAAUGGUUGCAAAAACCGGUCCUCAUAUUCGGCAUAUGCAUCAUGGUGUUGUCGACGAUAGGUCUGAUUGGAGUUUGCUGCAGCGCCACCGCCUGCCUCUGUAUCUACCUGUUUCUGAUGAAUCUGAUCAUCAUUGCGUUGUUCGCCUUCAGUGUCUUCUUGUACGUGAUUACCCAUAAAGGGGCUGGGGAAACUGUGUCUGGAUUAGGGUUCGAGGAGCAAAGGCUUGGCGAUUACUCCACCUGGUUGCAGAGGAGAGCAGAGAACAUCGAUAAUUGGAAUAACAUCAACAGUUGCUUGCAGCGAGCUCAAGUCUGCGUUAAAUUUUACGCCGAUCAUCAAAACGACACUGUUUAA